CCCAGCUGCCCCAACUGCUUGACUCUCCCAGGAGUCCGGGGGGCAUAGCUUCCUCCUCUCUCAGAGACCCAGGAAUCUGCAUCACCAGGCUGUUCCUCACCCAGGACCCAGAAGCCCAGCCUCCGCCCCCAUGGAGACCUGCCGGUCCCUGGCCCUGCUCACUAGCUCCCUGGGCCUGCUGUCUCUCUUGGUGGCUCUGAGCACGAAUUUCUGGUUUGUGGCCGAGGGGCCCAGCUCCUUGUCUCACUCGGGCCUCUGGCCAAGGGGGGAUCAGGGCGCAGUAAAAGGCUAUAUCCACGUGACACAGAGCUUCUGCAUUCUGGCUGCCCUUUGGGGCCUGAUCUCUGUGAGCUUUCUGGUCAUGUCCUGGAUCCCUUCACUGUCUGCCCCUGGACGCGGCCCCAUCGUCUCGACCUUCAUAGCCUUUGCCGCGGCCCUCUCCCUGACAGUGGCCAUGGUGGUCUACACUGUUGAGCGGUGGAAGCAGCCUGGACACACCCAGAUCCAGUCCUUCUUUUCCUGGUCCUUCUACCUGGGCUGGGUUUCAACUGUCCUCUUUCUCUGUGCAGGUGGCCUGAGUCUGGGAGCUCACUACGGGGCCCACCGGCCUGGCUAUGAGGCCAUGUGAACCACAGGAUGGCUUGGGCACUCCAUUCUCUGAAGGCAUCAUCAGGAACCACGAAAAUAGCUGGCUCUCCUCCCUGCCCUGACUCCCAGCGUCUGCAAGCUCUUUCCUUUGUGUCUUCAUUCAUUCAACAAAAAUUCGCUGGGAUCUGGUUAUUCCGAGGUUAAUGCUGCCACAACGGAAGGAGACGACACUCCAGCUCCACAGUGGAUGACACUGGGCACUCAGAGAGGAGUCAGUCCUGCUACCUGCCCUGCCCUAGAGAUGCUCCCACCAGAGUGGGGACCAGUGCGGGCUCGGGCAUGGCCCCAGGGCCCUCGUCUCUCCAUCCUUUAUCUCUUUUCUUCCCUUCGUCUUUCUCCCUUUAGCUCUUUUCUUCUUGCCCCCUCUUUGAUUUUGUCACCCUUGCC